AUGUUUUCGAAUGCAUCUAACUGUGUAUGCGUCUUCCUAGGUACCUACGGUGUCGUCUACAAGGCCCGUGAACUGAACCAUCCCAACCGUAUCGUUGCCCUGAAGAAGAUUCGUCUCGAGGCCGAAGAUGAAGGCGUCCCUAGUACCGCUAUCCGCGAGAUCUCUCUCCUAAAGGAAAUGCAGGACCCCAAUAUCGUCAAGCUGCUAAACAUUGUUCACGCUGACGGUCACAAGCUUUAUCUUGUCUUCGAGUUCCUUGAUCUCGACUUGAAGAAGUACAUGGAGGCUCUCCCCGUCAGCGAGGGCGGUCGUGGAAAGGCUCUUCCAGACGGAUCGAUGAUGAACCUUGGUCUAGGUGAGGCUAUGGUCAAGAAGUUUAUGGCACAAAUGGUUGAAGGCAUUCGCUACUGUCACAGUCACCGUAUACUGCACCGUGACUUAAAGCCCCAGAAUUUGCUUAUCGAUCGCGAUGGUAACCUGAAGCUGGCUGAUUUUGGUCUGGCACGCGCAUUUGGUGUCCCGCUGCGUACCUACACCCACGAGGUCGUUACUCUGUGGUACCGUUCACCGGAAAUUCUGCUGGGUGGACGUCAGUACUCCACCGGAGUUGACAUGUGGUCCAUUGGUGCUAUCUUUGCUGAGAUGUGCACUCGCAAGCCUCUUUUCCCCGGUGACUCUGAGAUUGAUGAAAUCUUCAAAAUCUUCCGCAUCCUCGGUACCCCCAAUGAAGAGGAUUGGCCUGGUGUCACCUCGCUCCCGGAUUACAAAGCUACCUUCCCCAAAUGGAAGCGCCCCGAUGCCCCUCUUGUUCCGGGCCUGGAGGAGGCUGGCCUGCAGCUUAUUGACGCCUUGCUUGAAUAUGACCCUGCGCACCGCCUUUCUGCUAAGCAGGCCUGCUUGCAUCCCUACUUCCGCCAUGGAAGUGCUCACUACUCGGGCCGCGGUUCGGGUUCCGGUAACGGCGUUCACUGA